AUGUUUGGCAAGAGCUUUCCGUUCUAUAAUUCUGUCGCCGGGUUUUAUCCACAAAGCACAGAUUCGCGACGGCCGCCAGGGACCGGUUACACCAGUAAAGUCCGAGUGCGAGAUAGAUACCACAUUGUGGGUUUCAUCAGCAGCGGUACAUAUGGCCGAGUCUACAAGGCGAUCGGCAAGAAUGGCCAGAAGGGCGAGUUCGCCAUCAAGAAGUUCAAGCCGGACAAGGAAGGGGAGGUAGUGCAGUACACUGGUCUCUCGCAGUCCGCGAUCCGAGAGAUGGCUCUGUGCUCCGAGCUUGACCAUGCCAAUGUGGUGCAACUGGCAGAGAUCAUCCUGGAAGACAAGUGCAUCUUCAUGGUGUUCGAGUACACGGAGCACGAUCUCCUGCAGAUCAUCCACCACCACACGCAACCGCAGAGACAUGCGAUCCCAGCGGCGAUGGUCAAAUCGAUCCUGUUCCAGCUGCUGAACGGCCUCCUCUAUCUCCACACCAACUGGGUGCUGCAUCGAGAUCUCAAGCCCGCGAACAUCCUGGUCACCUCCAGCGGCGCCAUCCGCAUCGGGGAUCUCGGGCUCGCCCGCCUCUUCUACAAGCCCCUCAACUCCCUCUUCUCGGGCGACAAAGUCGUCGUCACGAUCUGGUAUCGUGCCCCCGAGCUCCUCAUGGGAAGCCGGCACUACACGCCCGCGGUGGAUCUGUGGGCGGUGGGGUGCAUCUUCGCGGAGCUGCUCUCGCUGCGGCCCAUCUUCAAGGGCGAGGAGGCCAAGAUGGACAGCAAGAAGACGGUGCCCUUCCAGCGCAACCAGAUGAUGAAGAUCAUGGAGAUCAUGGGCCUGCCGACCAAGGAGACCUGGCCGGGCAUCGUCUCGAUGCCGGAGUACGCCCAGCUGCAGUCCCUGGCCGUGUCGCGGGCCCCCGGCCACUUCAGCCGCUCCUCGAACCUCGAGGGCUGGUACCAAAGCUGCCUCAAGAACAACGGGUACUCCGCCAACGCGAGUGCGGGCACCCCCGGCGCGGACGGGUACGACCUGCUGGCCCGGCUGCUCGAGUACGACCCCACCAAGAGGAUCACCGCCCAGGAGGCCCUGGAGCACCCGUACUUCUGCAGUGGCGGCGCCAUCUCGGCCAACUGCUUCGAGGGGUUCGAGGGCAAAUACCCGCACCGCCGGGUCACGCAGGACGACAAUGAUAUCCGCUCCGGCAGCCUGCCCGGCACGAAGCGGAGUGGCCUGCCGGACGAUACAUUGAUGGGGCGAGCGGCGAAACGCCUGAAGGAGUGA